GUCACUCCCAGGGAUGGGCUUGUCACGUGGUUAAAGUCUGCGCUAUCUAGUGGAAAACAACCUCUGAGCUCAUGUGCUGCAACGAAAAAAAUAGGGAGAAAAACUACUGGAGAAAACAAGCUAAUUUAGCAGGGGCAAAGGUAAGCGCAAACUAUUUCAACAAUGCGCUCUAAUAAUCAAACGUUUUGUAAAUGACCACGUAGACAUAAGUCUAGAGCUUUACCAUAAAAUAUUCAGGCGCUACUUUUCACUCCAGUGGUGUCGGAGAAGGGAACAAAGUUUCUAAUUCGUCGCAACGACUGCAUUCGGAUAGCCUAUUGCCGAUAGCCUUACCAAAUGCAUAUCCCACUCAUACGUCCAAGUAGGUUAUAAGCAUAUCUUUAUUAUUAAAUGCGACAAACUAAAUCCAACAUUCACAGACACUGAAAAGGUAGAUUGAACUGCCAUUACAGCGAACGAGCCCUUUGAAACAACUGAGCCAGGGGUGCUGGAAACAAUAUACUGUAUCAAGUUAUCUUUUGUUUCAAGUCAAGUGAUUAUGUAAUAAGCAAUAAUAUAAAUAUUCGUAUGGUAGACCUAAUUAUUCCUGUCUUUCAAUGGUUGUUUUACUUCACCUGUGAAAUAAUCUGUCAUGUUUUUGUUUAUCGUGUUAUUGAUAUUUUAAAUGGUUUGCUUUCACAAAUUGCAGGGCAAUUCAAAAUGCAUUUUCAACAAUUAAAAGGCAUUGUUUUAUUAUUUGUUUUAUCAGUAGGCUAUAAUGAUAUAGUGCUUUAGCCCCGGGCUACUCUUUUCCAAACAGUAAAUAGCCAUCUGUCAUCAUCAAGUGCUCCUUUUGGUCCAAUAUUCUGAACCUGAUAUUCUAAUCGUUAUACAGUACUUUAAGUCAAAUUUAACUUACCACCUCGAUGAUUUUGGAGACUUGCAUUUUUUGUAAAUUACAUAGUAUGUGUAUCCAUAGAGUGUGUGUUAAACCCAAAGACUCGUCUUUAUCUCUGCAGGUGAUUCCUGGAUGUAUGUAUGAUCUGUAUGUCCAGACAAGGUUUGCACUCUGACCUGCAAGCCAAUGUAAGUCGUGCUAAGUGACUGCGUGUGAAAGAGGUAUUCCAACACAGUAUGUUCAUUUAUCAUCAUCUAAUAACAUAAUUUAUCCUCUCAGAUUGAAGGUGGCAUGCUGGCUGAUGAUCAUCAAGAAUAUAUUUUUGUGCCACAUCUACUAGUAAUUAAGCAACACUUGGCUGACUGUCCAACCCUUACAAAAAAGAUAGCAGUUUUGAAACUGCAGUAAAAGUGCAGUAACUGCAGUCGACUGUGGUAUUUUGGACGCUGUAAUUGCAGAAUAACUGCAGUGUACUGCAGUUGAACUGCAAAAUUACUGCAGAAAAAAAAACAAUGUUAUUUUGGACGCAGUAUUUGCAGCAUACUGCAGUUAUACUGCACUCUGACUGCAAACUUUUUUCGUAAGGGAAAUCACUCCAGUACUCAAUAGUCUAAUGUAGGCUAGCCUAUUUGCCCACUUCCUUAUUUAGUUGUGGCACAAAAAGGUGUUCCUGACUCAACUUGCACUCAUUCAUUGGGACUUUUUAGGGUGUUUUCACAUAUAGUCUGAUCGCAGUCCUCUUUUAAAGUGCUAAAUAACUCAGUUCUCUUUGUAUUCGCACUGCCCUUGCCUUUGAAUGAGGACUCAACUCUUUUGCCAGUUCACUUCAACUAUUUUGUGGACCGAGUCCUCUUUGCAUUCACAUUGCUAUGUUUAGAAAGGAACCAAGAUAUUUCUCCAACAUGCACUCAGGGUUUUUACAAAGAGCAGGACAAGCCAUUCAAUCAGAAUGCGUUAUCGGACAGCUAGAUAUACCUACUUACAUUUUGGAAGCUAAUAGAUUGCAUUUACUGAAAAUAUGAAACAUAAUAAUUGUAAUCAAAAUAUACUGUUAACAUGUACAUUUGAUUUGUAAUAGAAUAAAUAGCAAUAGAGUAACUGCAGAAUAAAUAAUGCUGUUAUUGAAAAUUGUACACUCAAGGUAGGCUACUGCCCCUUUAAGAACUAGAAUAGAUUUUGUACCCUAUGUUGUGAUUCUCACCAAAUAUGUUGUCUUCUCACACUAUUCAUACCCCACAAUCAAUAAACAGCUUAUGAAGCUCUCUUAGCCUAUAGAUCACAUAUUGCAAACAAAUAAUCUGAACUAAAAACCACACAUUUUGCAAUUUCUGUGCGUCCUUGACAAUCGCUAAUCAAUAUCCUAAAACAGCACACAUUUUUUCUGUGAACCUGCACAUCAUCAUAUUCUCUCUUUUGUGGCACCAAUAUGAGGGGUUAUGGCAGGGGAAACGGUGUUGCAGUAGUCUAGUGUGUGGUGCAGGAAUAAUGACAAGCGAACCUGGGGAGUGUUGCGUUCACAUUGUCCUAAAAAUGGGAACCGGACUGCACAAUUCAAGCAAACCGAACUCAGACCACCUCUUGAGAUGGUCUCAGUUUGGUUCGCUUUGGUUGCUCUUUUGAGGGGUCUGAGUUUCUUUGGAGUGUUCACACUGCACAAAAACUAAGCAAACUGCACUGAGUAAAACAAAAAUUGGCUGAAAGGGACCAAGUGUGAAAACACCCUUAGUGCAGGUACUCCAGUUCUCUACCAUUCUUGAUGACCUUUGGUUUAGGGUUCAAUUUCUAUGGCGCUUGGGUCAGCAUAUAGGGUUGGGCUGGUGUCUAUGGUUUGAGAUAACAUUCCAUUGUGCAUGUUUGGAUGCUGUUAUCAGUGGUAUGCCUGUUUUUAAGUUUGGGAUCUGGGAAUAGUUGUUUUGACACAUUUCCUGCUUCUGCUUUCCUCAUUUAUUGUGCUCUUGUAUUCUCUUCUCGCUCUACUUAUUUCAUCAUCAUGCCAAUCAUCCUAAAAGCUUUUUAAUACUUUUGUGAAAUAUAAAACGUUUUGAUAUUUAGCUGUUUUGAAAAGGGCACUAUAACUUUUGUGUGUGUACACGUGUGUGUGUGUGUGUGUGUGUGUGUGUGUGUGUGUAUGCGGGUAUGUGUGUGCAGGGCUCAUCUCUUUCCCCAUGUCCUCUGGAGGAGGUCCCUACGGCCGCACUGAGCGUGUCCGUCAUGAACCCCACUACGACCAGGUCCCACCAGGCUCCCUACGCCGAGACGACCCCUUUGACCUUCAACCCUUGAGGUACCAGCGGAGCACCGAACUAGCCCUGAGCUCUGAUCCCCUUCCGCCCCCUCCCCUGCCCCACCACCCCCCUGUGGGGCCUGAGUAUGACCCCAGCGUCAGUGAGGACAACCCAGACCCUGACCCAAAUCCAGACCUCGAACUAGACCCUGACCUCGACCCUGCCCUCGACAUCAAACCGGUCCACCGUUUCAUCCCUGACUCUUGGAAGAGCUUCUUCCGAGGGACCAGCCUCCGCAGCAGCAAGCCCUGCCCCAUGCCUGCCUCUGCCUCUGCCUCUCCCUCCUCCUCCUCCUCUAACAACAACAACAGCACCAGUGGCGGGGUGCGCUGCUCGCCCCCGCACUCGCCCUCCCUGCCCAGAUCCUACCGGGACCCCUAUGGGGGGUCGGGGGGAAGCAGCUACAACUCCCGCAAGGAGCUCCUGGGAGUGGGCGACCACCAAGAGUCCAUUUCGGGACGCACGCUCCGCACGGCACUUACCUACGGCGAGCGGGUGGAAGAGUACCACGAGCGCUACGGCUACAUGAAGUCCUGGGCGGGCCUGCUGAGGAUUCUGGGAUGCGUGGAGCUGCUGCUGGGCGCAGCUGUGUUUGCCUGCGUGUGCGCGUACGUGCACAAGGACAACGAGUGGUUCAACAUGUUUGGCUACUCCUCGCCUGGAAGUGCAUAUGGAGGCUACGGAGGGGGGAUGUACGGAGCGGGCACCGGAGGGUCCUACUACUCGGGUCCUCAGACCCCGUUUGUGUUAGUUGUGGCGGGGCUGGCCUGGAUAGUGACUGUGAUAUUGUUGGUGAUAGGGAUGACUAUGUACUACCGCACCAUCCUACUGGACUCCUCCUGGUGGCCCCUGACUGAGUUUACUAUAAACCUGGCCAUGGCCGUGCUCUACAUGGCUGCAGGUGGGUGGGAAAUGAACUAAACACUUUAGAGAAAGUAUGAGAAUGCAAUGCUAUAUUAAUGCAAACUAUGAUGAUGGUUACUAUUAUGAUGAUACUUGUAACACCAGUGUUGUGGUUGAUUCCAGCAUGGGCCAUACAUUUUAUAAUAAUAUUCAAUAACUUCGUUGUCUCUUGGAUAAAAGUAUUUACUAAAUUACUAUACUACUAUCAUUAUUAGCUGUAGUCUACGUCAGGGACACCACCCGGGGCGGUCUCUGCUCCCUUCCCAUCUUCAACAAUGGCAUCAACGGGGCUUUCUGCCGCACCGAGGCCGGACAGACAGCCGCCAUCAUCUUUCUGUUCGUCACCAUGCUGAUCUACCUGAUCGGGGCCAUUGUGUGUCUGAAGUUGUGGAGGCACGAGCAGGCACGCAUGUACCGGGAGAAGUACGGCCUGGAGGUGAGAUUGUGUGGGUGUGUGCUUGAGGUACAUGGAAAAUUUAGGACUGAGAAGAAAGUUAGACACACUCACAUCAAUGUAAGUUGCAGGCAAGUAACACAAAUAAUAUACUCUGUGAAUACAUAUUAUUUGCAUUCAUUGGUGUCUGACUCAGAAAGUCCAGCAGUUGAUGCAAGCUUGGCAGUGAAAAUAAAGCUAAUCUGAGUCAAAAGUGAGUGAACCACUACACUAAUGAGAAAGGGUGAGAGGAGUGUGAAUGAGUGCAUGUGCACGUUCACACUAAGUGAUGGUCCACUGAGAGAACAUUGUUCAUUAGUGGAUGGGGGUUGCCGUGGUAGCUUGCUAUGUUGUAUGUUCAUUGCUAGGCAGCUCAGGUACCACUUGUUCUAUCGCUUUCAUUCAGUUCUCAUGUAAGGAAGAAAAUCUGUUCUAGUUAUGAAAACAUUGGAGCAAUAGUUUUUGGUAACGUUUUAUGUGGAUAGUCCAUCUGUAGAUGCUCUACAAACUCAGGAACAUUUCAACUAUCUACUAACUCUAACCUUAACCCUCACCCUAACCCUUAUUCUAGAACUAACCUUAACCCAUUCUAGAACUAACCUUAACCCUUACCCUAACCCUUAUUCUAGAACUAACCUUAACCCUUACCCUUAUUCUAGAACUAACCUUAACCCUUACCCUUAUUCUAGAACUAACCUUAACCCUUACCCUAACCAUUAUUCUAGAACUAACCUUAACCCUUACCCUAACCCUUAUUCUAGAACUAACCUUAACCCUCACCCUAACCCUUAUUCUAGAACUAACCUUAACCCUCACCCUAACCCUUAUUCUAGAACUAACCUUAACCCUCACCCUAACCCUUAUUCUAGAACUAACCUUAACCCUUACCCUGACCCUUAUUCUAGAACUAACCGUAACCUUAACCCUUACCCUAACCCUUAUUCUAUAACUAACCUUAACCCUCACCCUUCCCUUAUUCUAGAACUAACCAUAACCUUAGCAAGCAGUUGCUUAUCAACAGAUAGUUUGACCAUCUGCACAGUAUCUACAUAUGGACUAUCCGGACUAUCCAAAUCAAUUGUGACCUAGUCUUUCUAUAUGGUAUAUACACUGAGUAUACAAAAUAUGCUCUUUCCAUGACAUAGACUGAUCAGGUGAAUCCAGGUGAAAGCUAUGAUCCCUUAUUGAUGUCACUUGUUAAAUCCACUUCAAUUAGUGUAGAUGAAGGGGAGGAGACAGGUUAAAGAAUGCUUUUUAAGCCUUGAGACAUGGAUUGUGUAUGUGUGCCAUUCAGAGGGUGAAUGGGCAAGACAAAAGAUUGAAGUGCCUUUGAACAGGGUAUGGUAGUAAGUGCCAGGUGCACUGGUUGUAUCAAGAACUGCAACGCUGCUGCGUUUUUCAUGCUCAACAGUUUCCCAUGUGUAUCAACAAUGGUCCACCACCCAAAGGACAUCCAGCCAACUUGACACAAAUGUGGGAAGCAUUGGAGUCAACAUGGACCAGCAUCCCUGUGGAACGCUUUUGACACCUUGUAGAGUACAUGCCCCCGACGAAUUGAGGCUGUUCUGAGGACAAAAGGGGGGGGUGCAACUCAAUAUUAGGAAGGUGUUCAUAAUGUUUUGUACACUCAAUGUAUAUGUACUUAUAGUACAUCAAUAUAAGCUCUACAUUUUUGUGCAGAAGUGUAAUUUUAGACUUACACAACUUCUGUUUUGUUAUUACGCAGAUGCACACGACAGAUUUCCCUGCGGCACGGUCUUUGGUAAGCGUUUACCGCUGAGCUUAAUGUUUUUAUUUAUGGCUUAAUGCCUAGAAAGAAAGAUAUGGUGUUGAUCAGCUCCUUACAGUGUUACACAUACUCCAGUUACAAUCAUGGUUUAUAUAUUUCUAUGGUUCUGUCUUUGUUCUUCUUUCUCCCAGAUGCCGGUUCCAGAUCCCGGGCCCAGGGUUCCAGAGCGAAUUCAGGGUUCUACUGUGGUUCCCAUCCAGGCUGCGGUACCCAAGGCAGGGCCACCGAAGGUUCUACAGGGAGCUAUCCCUUCUGGACACAUCCCCAAACCAGUUAUCAUGCCUGACUAUAUAGCGUGAGUGACUCCUUCACACACAGGGCAGUGGGAUAGUAGUUGAUACAGGGGUUUUAUUGAUAGAAUUCAACCACCACGUUCAAAUCUGAAUUUGGUUUCUUUGAAAGCUUUCAGGGAAUGCACAGAGAUUGCAUUGGUGCAUGGAAUUAUGCUCAGGAUGCUAAAUUAUCAGGGCAAAUAUCUGCCCUGUUAUGUUAAGUGGGUGGAAAAAAGGACAGUCAAUCUAGCACGAAGGUAGAAUGUGUUAUGUGCAACGCUUACUGAGUCCUCUGGCGGUAUUGUAAGUAGAAUGUUUACGUUAUGGUUUACGAGUGGUUUACAUGCUCUGGCACCCCAAUGGUGGAACAAGCUCCCCCACGACGCCAGGACAGCGGAGUCACUGACCACCUUCCGGAGAGACUUGAAACCCUACCUCUUUAAGGAAUACCUGGAAUAGUAUAAAGCAAUCCUUCUACCCCCCACCCCCCCGUAAAAAAAAAGAAGAAAAAAAGUGGUUGUCCCACUUGCUAUCAUCAUAAGUUGAAUGCACCAAUUUGUAAGUCGCUCUGGAUAAGAGCGUCUGCUAAAUGAUGUAAAUGUAAAUGUAUAAUGUCAUAUGGGCUGAUUGUACCUCCCACUAAACAAAAACCAUGAGCCAUAUGCAAAUUCAAGCUCUGCCUAACCAGUCUAGACAGGAAUUGUAAUUUUAUUUCUCUGGCAAAUCCUAACUUAGAGGCAAAUCUUAAGCGUUCAGGAGUAAAAUGGCUUCUUUUCUGUUUUUGAUCCCACUCAUUUUCACCACUCGUAGUGAGCAAUGUUGAAAUAUCCUUUGUUGUUUUUAUCACUCCCAUAAUAAUGAUUCUGUUUGUUCUUACCCCUCCUAUAAUCAUUAAGCCUGUUUAAGUUUAGCACAUCCUGUGGAGUAAGUGCCCUGAAUGUGAGCUUUCUAGGCAACACUUUACAUUGAGUUGUCCUAAUGCCAUGCAACUAUUUUAGUACUCAGAAUGUAAUUACCCAGUUCUGCAUGGUAAGUAAGUACAGAUUAGGUUACAUUGAAUAGUAAUAGAAUAGAAAAUUGUGUUUCUAAUUAGUAAAGGGUUGUAGUAACUGUGUAUUUACAUUGACAACAAGAACUGUAUACCUUAAUAAUACAUUUUGUAAAGUUAAUACAUUGCAGUAAUACAUUUUAUUUAUAUAAAGUGUGACUGAUCUCUGUUUCAUUGUAGUAAGUAGGCUACCCUGUCUUAUUUCUAGUGCUGUUGUUGGAAGUAAAGUUACACUGUCUUGCCUUGGAGGAAGUCCCCUUUGCUUUCUGCCUCUGGUGUUAAUGAAUCAUCUGUUCCUCCGCUACCCACUCUCUUCCCCCCUGCAGUAAGUACCCAACCAUCUGUACAGUCGAUGAGCGUGACCAGUACCGGGCUGUGUUCAAUGACCAGUACUCUGAGUACAAGGAGCUCCACGCUGAUGUGCAGGCCACCACCAGGAAGUUUGACGAGCUGGACGCCAUGAUGCGUGCCCUACCCCAGCACCCCAACAGUCAGAUGGUGAUUGGCCACGUCCUGCUGUUACGCAACCACACAUUCACUUCCUGUUUAUUGUUUUUGUUAUUUUCUCGUUGAUCGCAUCUCAUUGAUCUAAGUGGCUUCCUCUCUCCUUGUCUGCUGGAAUUAACACUGAUAUUAAAAGAACUGGAUAGGUGAAAGGAAAUGCCAUUAUAAACGUCAGCCAUAUUGCUUUCACCUAGCAUGUUUUCAGAUCAGUGCUGAUGGAGACAAUGAGAGGGAGCCAUAUUGAGAAUAUCAACAUUCACUAAAUAGUUGUUUGUUCUGCUCUCAUUGUGGUGCUCUGCCUCAUUUCCUUGAAUCCUCCCCCUCUAUUUCCUCUCUCCUGUACUUCUCAUCCACCCUCCACUUCCUCUCAAAGCCAUCAAACUGUACUUUAGAUUCCUGAAGUUUCCUGAUUUCUGAACUCAUUACAAUCUUGCAUUAUCUUUUUUUCACCAGGAGUAUGACCGCGUAAACAAAAUCCUUCAGGAGUACCAGAGGAAGAAAAAUGUGAGUUUGUCCCCUGCCUUUCUCUCAAUCAUUCAGCUGCCCAUAUUGUAUCAGUGGCCUACUCCAAUUGGCCCUAUAUUCAGAUUAAAAGACCUCUCCUUGUAACUGAAGCACCAUUAGCAGACAAGGUGUAGUAAACCACCUUUGUGCCAGUGUUUGAUAAUCUAUACAGCCACUGUGGGAAAGAUGACUCAAGCCUGAGUGGGCAGAGAGAGGAAGUGUGUGUGUGUUGGUUCUUCUAUCCUUGUGGGUCCUUAAAAUCCCCCAAUGUCCCCACAAGGAUAGUAAAACAAGGAAAAUUCUCCCUCGUGGGGACAUUUCCCAUGUCCCAAUGAGGACAUUGGCUAUUUUAAAUGUAGGGGUUAGGGUUACAAUUAGGAUUAUAAUUAGGGUUAGGUUAAGGGGUUAGUGGUUAGGUUUGGAUUAGGGUUAGGGCAAAUAUGAUUUUUGAAGGAAAUUCAUUUUAGGUCCUGACGAGGAUAGAAGAACAUAAGGUGUGUGUGCAUGUGUUCCGGCAUGAGUGAGACGGAGAGGGAGAGAGGGAGUAUCGAAUUUCCUUGCAAACCUCACAUGAAUGGGCUCAUUGUGUUUCCUCAACCUAGAGUUAGAGGAAACGGCAUCACUACAUAUUCAGCACAGUGCUGAUAGUCUCUAUUAUUUUCUUCAGGGAAAACACACAAGCUGAACUUGUAUAAAAAAAGUAGUAAUAAGCUUCUUCUCCCUGGCACUCUCUACUAACUCACAAAGUUGUUUAAUAUCAGAAUUCUCCAUGCUUGAAUGCCAGAGUUCUACAUAUGGCAUGUUAUUGGCUUUACAUUGUCUUUUUGACAUUUGACACAGAGCUAAUUCAUAUGCAUUAUGCUUUGCCCAUAAGAGAUCUUCUGCCAUGCAAUGAUGCAUAUGCCAGUAACUCUUUAAACUGGACUUUGAUUUGCCAGAGCAUUGCAGGAUAACUGAUUGGUUUGGUUAGUUUGAAAACUCAAUAAAUCUGAAACUACUCUUCUCUCUCGCUGUUAGGAUCCUACGUUCCAGGAGAAGAGGGAGCGCUGUGAAUACCUGAAGAACAAACUGGCCCACAUUAAACAGAAGAUCCACGAGUAUGACAAGGUCAUGGAGUGGAACGACGGCUACGGCUAAACCAGCAUGGCCUAUCUGUCUGGGGAGACCACAGGGAACCAUUAGGAGACCAGUUAAAACUAGUCGGGACCAGUUGAAACGUGUGGGGGCCAGUUUAAAAUAAUGGAAAACAUAUGGGGCCUAGUGCAAACAAAUGGGAGCCAUUUUCAGUUGAAAUUAAUUGGAAAUUAAACCAGUUCAGACCGGUUAGAACUGUGGUUUAAAAUGGUGUCCUUUUCCUUUCAGCAACUGCACUUCUUUUUGGUCCAUUGAAACAAGCUGGUUACACACCUGUACAUUUUCUUAAUGAAACCCCAAAAGAAACUGGAGUGUGUGUGCGGGCAUGAUGGAGAAUUGACCAAAGGGGCAUCUGGACCAAUGCUUUUCUUUUUUACUGAAAAUGACCAUGAUAUGCAAACAGACAAGUAUGGUACUGUAGCUGGACAUACCACUAUAGCCAAGGCCUAGUGCAUUUCACUAUACUCAUGGAACACCAGCUGCUCAAGUGUUUCACAAAGGGACAACAGGAUUAGGCUAUAAUCCUUCAAAUGAAUGAUGGAUCAUGGAAAUUGUUGUGCAUGCGUUUACAUAUUACAUUUACAUGCUUUUAUCAAUCAGUUUUUUAAUACUCCCUCCAUUCCUUGACUCCUAGCUCACUGAAUCAUUGGAAAAACGAGCGUGAUGACGAUUGUCAUGUUGCAAUCCGUUUUGUUUUUACUCAAUCACUGUACAAACUUCAUGGCCACUGUUCAACCACUACGCAAAGUUAACUUAUGAGGUAACCUUGAUACUAUGGCUCACUUUGGGGAUGGUUUACUACCUGAACUCUUCAACUGCUGUAUCUCAAGACUGUCAGUGUUAUUUACACUGACCAUCUGCAGGAUUUGUGAACAUCCAAAUCAUCUGGAUAGAUCAAAGCUUUAAUCUGUGCACAUGUAUCCACUCACCAUAUUGUGAGAAUCAGGUAACAUACAGGUGUCCCUCCUGAGUGAUGAUUGUGCUUUAUGGAAAGUUUUUAUGAUCACACACUUUCUGAUUUAUUUAAUGAUCACACUAAUUUCUGUGUAGUUUUAGUACACUGUUCUACCAUUUCAUUAAACAACACUACUUAUUUCCUCCACUUGUGUUAGACUAGCAGUUUGUAGUAGUGAAUAACCUUUGUAUGUGCCUUGGUGUUUUAAUGUAAAUAAAUGUCUGUUAUUUA